CUUCGAUUAUGUUCCGUCAUGACUAAAAACAAAAUAAAUGCGAGCAAAAUCUAGUGACUGGUUGAGAAGAAAGGGCUGAUGAGGACAACCUAUGCCAGGAAACCAGCUCUCCCACCGUCAGCUUCACCAUGGCCCGCCCCAAGGAACAGGCUUCAAGGAUGGCCACUGGCUAUCAGAGCGCUGCAUUUCUAGAUAAAUGUAUCAAAGAAAAAGAUCGUGUCAAGGCCAAAUUAGCACAACAGCUGCGGGAUGAUGUUUUAUGCAUGCUAAGUGAAGAAAUCCACACAGACUUGACAGUGACCAACGGAAGCAAGCACAUCCAAGCACACAGGGGUGUCUUCCUGACAAGGGUUGGUUCUAUAUUCCCGGAACUGCAAAAUCCUGCCGAGACUAAAGUGUCGUUGAACAACCUGAGUGACACAGACCUGGACACCCUGGUCAGGGAGGUGUACUACGUGGAGAAUGUGCUGUAUAUGUGCGCCUACAGGGAUGACCUGCCCCACCUCAACGGCGACACUCAGCACAGCAACGGGAUAGAGGAUGGGGACCUCAAGGAGGUGAUUAUAGAGGAGGCACACAAUGGAGAUGUGGGGGAUGUGCUGGAGCAGAAGCUCACAAUGUUGGAGACGGCUACCAUUCUUAAUGAGGAGAUCAUCCCAGACGAAGUGCCUUUGAAGCAAGCUUCACCCACUGGCAGUUCCAGUGACAGUGCUAACCUGACGGACAGUGAGUCGAAAUGUCACGCAGCAGUACCUGACACUCGCAAUAACCUUCAGGAACAAGUGAACAACAGCAAGCUGGACGACUCAACAAAUGGAAUCUCUAGUGAGACUGUGUAUUGUCGAGUGUUAGGCGAGUCCCAGGGCCCCACCGACCAGCCCUACAGUGUGCCCCUACCCCAUGAGACAUGCAGCAGACUAGGCACGGACCUACUCCGGAUGUUUCUGCAGGAGAUUGGCUGGGACACCACAUUGGUCGUGGCAGGGCAUGAGUUCAAGGCACACAAAUACCUCCUGGCUGCCCGGAGCAGGUACUUCAGUGCCAUGUUUGGGGGACUGUGGUCAGAGAGUGGUGCCCAUAAAGUGAUGCUUGAGGGUGUGACGCCCUGUGCUGUAGAGCAGGCCCUCCUGUACUUGUAUGGAGGGGUCAUUGACAUCAUCGAGCCGUGUGAGCUGACAGAACUAAUCCAGGUGGCCGACAUGUAUGGCCUGGAGGGACUCAAGGAUGUUGUCUGCUACCAUGUCAAGAAGGACAGCUGUCACUUCUACCAUAAGCCAUGCCCUACUUGUGCAGCCACAGCAGCCCACGCCCUGACUCUCUCCGUCACCUACAGGCUGGAGGAGGUGAAGGACCGCACCUUCAAGUGGAUGAACAAGUUCUUCACCAAGAUUGUAGCCACAAAGCAGUUUGCAGGAAUGCCUGACUCAGUGCUGGAGAUGUGUGGAGACUUCAUGAUUGAACAGCUGACGGAUCAAACUGUGAUAGACACAAUCCUGGAGUGCCACAAGCUGACGAGCAAGCUGCCCAGGGUAAAGUGGGCAGAACCAGUGCUGGAGCUCACCUCCAAGCUUAUGGACUGUUCCAUUGACUUCACAAGUCAACACUUUGUAACCGUGGUGCGAUCUCAGAGGUUCCUGUCUUCUGGGAAGAAUGCUGCAUGGAGCGUGAGUGUGUUGGAGGACAUCUUCAGCAACGUGAUCGAUGCCCUUGCGCCACAGAAAGCGUGUGAAGCCUAUCGCGCCCUGCUCAUGCUUCACGAACACUCCAUCGAGCAGGAGUGUCCAUGGGGAGAGGACAUGCAGGCCUUGCUGAGUACACUCAUCUCGUACAGCGAGACGUACAUGAAGCACUACAUCCACCAGGUGACGCUGUCCCCCGAUUGGAGAAACCUGCCAGCGGACAUCAGGGAAAGGAUUCUCAAAAGUGCCUCAUAUGUGUGUAUAGAACAGGAUCUUACAGCCAUGACACAACCACCACUCCUCUCUAACAAGAAGGGAAACAGGGAUGGUCACAAAACAAGAAACAAUCCCAGACCGGAUAGCAACAGGUCAGCUAGGUUUGACAAAUCCCAGGACAGUGCCCAGUUCAGGACAUCAAAUCAAGUAAGAAAAACACCAGACAGACCAGCUCUACCCCUGCCAUCACCAGGAAGGUCAUCACCUAGAGAUAAGGUCAAGGUCAGGUCUUCUGACCUGUCAAGGAGAUCGCCACCAAGACCCAGCUUACCUUUCAGGUCAGCUGGUUCAAGGUCUCAGUCAGCCAAGGACAGUAUGCCAAGGUCACAAAGGUCACCUCCAAAAAUGUCUGGAAAAACGGACAAAGAAUCGAGACCACAGUCUACUCAUUCCAAUUCAAGGUCACAUGAAUCACUACCCCCUAAACAGGCCACCCCAUCCCGACCCCCACCGACAUCCUCAAGGCUUCAACAAUCACUACCCCCUAAACAGGCCACCCCAUCCCGACCCCCACCGACAACCUCAAGGCACCUACAAAUGUCCUACUGCAGCCCCAGGCCCAUUGAUUCGAGAAGUAGACUUAGUUUGUCUCCAUCCCCGGGUCCGAGAGGAGCAUCAUCAAGGUCACGCUUGCCACAGCGGGUCAUGCCGUCCUUGCGACCCGCUCGGAGCACGGGUAGUCUUAACCGAUCAUGUGACCUGAGUGAAAACCAGCGAAGUGCAUCAACCAAUAACCUUGACUUUGAUGGCUGGGGACUGAGACGCCGUGAGUACUCCAUGACCAAUCUAGAUACACUGGUACCGAUCCUGGAAACAGCCUUCACCAUGCCAGAUAUCUCAGACAUAGAGAAGUAGAAACACCUGGGAUUACCGUUUUCCCAUUUCAACUUUAAAGAUGUGCAGAUAUAUAAUUGAAUUUGGAUAGAAAACUUUUCUGUUUGCAGGAAUUUAAGAUUUUGCUUCAUUUAGAAAAAUCAUAGGUUAUUUUUACUUGAUAAAUUUACCACUUUUGCCACGAGAACACAUUUAGCAUGUAUAAAAUAUGCACAUAUAUACAUAUAUAUAAACCUCUAUCACAUGUGUUUUCUUGCAUUUAUAUCAACACAUUAAGUGUGUAGGAGGUUUUGAAUAUUCAUUGCAUGUGGAUGCAGUUAUUUGGUCUCUUCAGGAAAUCCUCAAUGUGCCUACAUGUAGGAGAGUAAUACUGGUUGGAAAUAUAUCCUGUGGAGUUGUAUCAUUCUUUUAAAAAUGUAAAAUAGUCUUACACAUUCAAUGUUCAAUUGUGUAUUUUAGAAACACAUUCUGUUCCGUGUGUUCCAUGAAUAGUACUUAUAGUAUCAAGUUACUUCAACACUUCUCAUCUGAAUCAACUUUGACUGUGUGGAUAGACAGUCGAGCUAGUUUGCCACUUGUCAUCAUGCAUAUUGAUAUAGCAGUGAAUGAAGGACUACGUUACUGACAGUGUCCAAGUUCCACACAUGGCACUAAGUACAGUGUCUCUACCGUGUCUGGCUCAACGCCGUGGAGCACAGUACAACACACAAGCCAAGAAGUAACAAGACUCUUCCAAAUAAUGUAAUUAUAUUCCACUUGUGUGAAAACAACUUUCUUCUUCAUUUACAAGAAGUGUUGGCUGUUUUAGUGAUGUGAUAUUGUAUACUGGAUAUAUGGCACAACACAUCAUUGAUGAUAACACUUCUUGUACACAAUGUGAUACUAUUAGACAGAAUCAUACAUUUAAAUCAUCCUGUAAAUAUUGAUGUGUGUGACUGAUCUCAACCUAGUGGAAUUCUGUGUUCUUUCUUUGGGGUAUCCUCCCAAAACUUCAACAUGCCAAAACCGCACUUCUAAUUUGUUUCCUCAAUGUGUUUAAUUUCUUAUUGUAUUUUUCUUAAUCUUAAAAUCUUAACCAUAUUUUGAUUUUACUAGAAAGUAAAUACACUCAAACACACAACUGUUGGAACUUCUAAAUGCAGCUUAAAGACAAAACACAUAAACCUGUUUGAUCCCAUGUUGAUUAACAUGCAAUCUCAUUAAAAUCAGAUCUUAGUUCUCGCUAUUGCUAAACAAAGAUCUGAGGACAUCCCAUUACGGGUCAUGCAGAAUGAACUUUCAUCCAACCAAUCAGAGUGUUG